UUUCUCUCCAAGCUGCUGGACAAAGUGCAGUCUCACUCCACAGUCAUUGGGAAGGUGUGGCUCACUGUUCUCUUUGUCUUCAGGAUCAUGGUCCUCGGAGCCGGGGCUGAAAAGGUGUGGAGCGACGAACAAUCAAAAAUGAUCUGCAACACUAAGCAACCUGGUUGCACGAACGUGUGUUACGAUCACACCUUUCCAAUCUCCCACAUUCGCUUCUGGGUGCUUCAGAUCCUCUUUGUGUCCACGCCAACACUUCUAUACUUCGGCCACGUUCUGCAUAUACUCCACAAAGAAAAGAAACUAAGACAGCAGAGUGAAAGCCAUGCGGAAAAGCAAGGCCUCAACCAUCCCAAAUACACAGACGAUCAUGGCAAAGUUAUAAUCAAGGGCCAGUUAUUAGGUAGUUACCUAGCCAGCCUGUUUGCUAAGAUCUUGCUCGAGGCUGCAUUUAUUGUAGGCCAGUAUUAUAUUUACGGUUUCAUCAUGAUCCCUAAGAUAGAAUGCUCCCAAUCUCCUUGCCCU